AUGGCGCCCCAGCCGCGGCUGCAACUCCAGCUCCGUCCCGCGAGGGCCUCCGACAUCGCCGACAUGGUCGCCUCCAUCUUCUCAUCCUUCGCCACCAACGCCAUACACACGCGCCUGUUCCCUGCCUCGCUGGCCGCGUCGCAGGACUUCUGGCGCGCGUUCGCCGCUGACGCCGUCGACGACCUGCGCGCACACUGCAUCGUCGCCGAGGACCUCACCGCCGCCUCUCCCUCCGCCUUUGUGGGGUUUGCGCUGUGGCGGCCGCCCGCGGACACCACCAAAGAAGAAGAAGAAAAAGAAGACCCGCCCUUCGACUGGACCGCCUGGCCCGUCGACUCAGAGCUCGCGGCCGCCUUCUUCGGCGCGCUCGCGGACAGGCACGCCGCGCUCAUGGGCGCCCGCCCGCACUGGUACCUCGAGUUCGCGUGCGUCACGCCCGCGCUGCAGCGCCGCGGCGCCGGCGCCGCGCUGGUCCGCUGGGGCGUCGACCGUGCGGAUGCUGAUGGCGUCGAGGCGUAUCUCGAUGCCACGCCUGACGGGACGCGGCUCUAUGAGCGGUUCGGGUUUUGUACUGCUGAGGUUGUGGAGUUCAUGGGCGGGGAGUAUAGGCAGUGUUUCAUGCCGCGGCCAAAGAGGGAGACGGAGACGAAGACGGAAAGGGGGGCUAAUGGGAUGUGA